GUUUGUGUACAUAGGCAUUCUCCUCUUGCUUGCUCAACCCGGCGUUUACGAGGCUGAAGGUUCAAACCUACGUGUCGGACCCUUACUGUUGAGAAGAGCAGGAGCACCUUGUCAAGUAGCAUAUCGCCGUUUCUCUGCAAGACUUUAGCGGACAAAAGCCUAUCCCUACAGCUUUCCGUCAUCUCCAAUCUUUGAUCCCUCGAACUCUCGCUCCCUCGACUUAGACUCUCAAAAAAGCAUUGCUCGUUAUAUCUCAAGAUCAACAAGACAUACCCGUUCUAUAUUAUCAACAUGAGUCCGACAGUUAUUCAUUCGGUCGUGUUGUUCGACGGCCACCAAACUCACUCGAACGCGACCGUCGUUUUCGAUUCAGAUAGCGGCAAGAUCACAUCUGUCUCGACUGGUUCCGGUAGCGGCCAACACCCCCCAGGGGCAACCAUCAUCAAUGGGACAGGCCACAGUCUUGUCCCAGGACUGAUUGAGUCCCACAUGCAUUGCCACGGCCUGCAUCUACCUCCAGGGUCAGACGAGUCGUCAAUCUUGAGAUCUCCCUUGAAAUGCGGCGUCACCACCGUAUGUGACAUGCACUCUGACCUGGCAUCUGUACAAAAAUGGCGCACAGCAAUUGCCGAGGAAAUUGCACAGGCCAAGCAAGCUGGCGGGACAGUCACUUUAUCAGACCUAAAGAGCUCGCUCUAUGGGGCCACUAUUGAGGGAGGUUGGCCAAAACCGAUCGUCCUGUCCGGUCAUCCUACGGAGGAGGUGAUUGAAAUGGUCAAGCAGUGGCCCAGUCUGACCCCAGAGACUGCGGCAGAUUAUGUCAAGAAUCACAAGGCGAACGGAGCAAACUAUAUCAAGCUGAUGCAGGAGAAUUGCUGUUCCCUCGCUAUCCCCACGAAUUCGAUACCGGUUGCCACCCUCGAGCUUCAAACUGCAGUUGUCAAGGCAGCCCAUGAGAACGGCCUUCCAUGUGUUGGACAUGCAUUGAGCGCUGACAUGACCGAGAUUGUCCUCAAAGCCGGGGCCGACGGCCUCACCCAUACUUUCGUGGAUCAACCGCUACCCGACAACAUCCUCGAACUGUAUAAAAAGACUGGCGCCUUUGUCAUUCCCACAUUGACUGUGUUGGCUAGCUUGACGGCCGAGCUACAGGAUUGGAGGGAGAGGUUUGCUGAUCUUGCACACAAAAAGGGAGUCAUUGACGAGGGGACCAAGCAGAAUAUGAUCGAAUUGCUUGGGAUGAAGGACCCGGCCGCCAAACUGGAAUAUGCACUUGACACAGUGGCAAAGUUGAAGAAGGAAGGCAUCGAUGUCGUUGCUGGGACAGAUGCCGUCGCGGGCCUCAAGGGCACUGGAAUCGGCCCCAGCCUCUGGAUGGAGCUGGAGUUAUACACUGAGAAGUGCGGCUUCACCAUCGCGGAAGCCUUGAACUCUGCAACCGCGGUGGCCGCGAAGAGGUUUGGUUUUACCGAUCGUGGAGAGGUAGCAGAGGGCAAACGAGCCGAUCUCGUCCUUGUGAAAGGAAAUGUCACCGAGAGGCUGCAGAAUCUCUGGGAAGGUGAGGGCAUUGUCGGAGUGUGGAAGGAGGGUCUGAAGGCCGCCUAGAUUUGGCUCCCGACAUACGAACAAGCAAGUAAAAUACCUCCCGAAAUGCUCAAUUUCAU